AUGAAGGGAACUUGUAUUUCUCUUCUCAAAAGCUGCAAAUCAUUGCGACAGGUGAAGCAAAUUCAAGCUCUCAUAUACUCCAAUGGUCUCCAACAAGACAGAGACACCCUCAACAAGCUCAUGGCUGUUUCCAUUCAACAAUUUCCCUACGCACUUACAAUCUUCAAUCACACCCAACACCCAUCUUUGUUCACCUACAAUCUCAUCAUCAAAGCCUUCGUCAAAAGGGGCACUUUCACCACUUCCCUUUCUCUUUUCAACCAACUAAGACAAGACGGACUGUGGCCUGAUAAUUACACCUACCCGUAUGUUUUAAAGGCCAUUGGGUGCAUGGGAGAUGUUGCUCAAGGGGAAAAGGUUCAUGCUUUUGUCAUCAAGACUGGUCUUGACUUUGAUGCAUUUGUUUGUAAUUCGUUGAUGGACAUGUAUGCUCAAUUGGGUCGUCUUCGUUGUCUCAAACAACUGUUUGAGGAAAUGCCUCACCGAGAUAAUGUCUCUUGGAACGUCAUGAUUUCAGGUUGUGUUAGGUGUAUGAGAUUCCUGGAGGCUGUUGAAGUUUUUCAGCAGAUGCGAAUGGAAAGCAAUGAGAAGCCUAGUGAAGCUACUGUUGUGAGCACUCUGACCGCGUGUGCGGCUUUGAGGAAUGUGGAGGUUGGCAAGGAGAUUCAUGGUUAUAUUGAAAAAGAAUUGGAUUUUACAACCAUAAUGGGGAAUGCGUUGUUGGAUAUGUAUUGUAAGUGUGGGUAUGUGAGUGUGGCUCGUGAGAUUUUUGAUGGGAUGGCUGAGAAGAAUGUGAAUUGUUGGACAAGUAUGGUAACUGGGUAUGUGAAUUGUGGUCGGUUGGAUCAAGCUAGAGAUUUGUUUGACAACAGUCCAACAAGGGAUGUUGUUCUUUGGACGGCUAUGAUUAAUGGGUAUGUUCAGUUUAAUUGUUUUGAUGAGGCAAUUGCAUUAUUUGGGGAGAUGCAAGUCAGAGGAGUGAAGCCUGACAAGUUCAUUGUGGUUGCUCUUCUUACAUGUUGUGCUCAGUUGGGAACUCUAGAGCAUGGGAGAUGGAUUCAUGAUUAUGUACAUGAAAACCGAAUCAUGGUGGAUGCUGUGGUUGGUACUUCCCUUAUUGAAAUGUAUGCUAAAUGUGGUUGCAUAGAGAAAUCUUUGGAGGUUUUUAAUGGAUUAAAGGAAAAGGAUACUGCCUCAUGGACUUCUAUUAUUUGUGGACUGGCCAUGAAUGGUAAGACAAACAAAGCACUGGAGUUGUUUGAAGAAAUGAAAGCAUUUGGGGCAAAACCUGAUGAUGUUACGUUUAUUGUUCUUUUGAAUGCCUGUAGUCAUGCAGGAUUGGUAGAAGAAGGCCGCAAGUUAUUUCAUUCCAUGUCAUGUAUCUAUGGUAUUGAGCCAAAUUUAGAACACUAUGGCUGUUUCAUUGAUCUUCUUGGUCGAGCCGGACAGUUACAUGAGGCGGAGGAGUUGAUAAGGAAGUUGCCAGACCAAAAAAAUGAGAUAGUAGCUGCAAUUUAUGGGUCUUUGCUAAGUGCUUGCAGAACUUAUGGCAAUAUUGAUAUGGGUGAAAGGCUUGCUACAACACUAGCAAAAGUGAAAUCCAGUGAUUCGAGUCUUCAUUCACUCCUUGCUAGCAUUUAUGCUUCUGCUGACAGAUGGGAAGAUGCGAGCAAGACGAGAAGUCAGAUGAAAGAUUUGCAUAUAAAAAAGGUACCAGGAUGUAGUGCCAUUGAGGUGGAUGGUACUGGCAACCGAGGAGGAGUUUAG